AUGGCCCUCUCUGCCGCCGGGGACGUCGCCUUCCCGGAGCUGCAGCUGGCGGCCGUCACAGAGGAGCCGAUGGAGGAGGACCCGCCAGCCGCGUUCGAGCAGCUGCUGGGCCAGGGGUGGGGCUGUUAUUUCAUUCUAGUUUUUACAAUUUUUUUUAUUCCAGUCCACCCCGGACACGAUUUGGGGUGCGGCCGCGAGGUCGUGCCGUGCCGGGCCGGGCCGGCCCAUCUGGCCAGGUUUGUCCACAACAAGCAUUUGCACGGGCUUCGUCUUUCCCCGCUAGAAAAAAAGUUCUUUCAGAGGGCAGGAAAGGAGCCGCACCAGCAGAGCAGCAAGAAGCUCCAGCAGAUGCUGUCUCGCCAUCGCCAUGGGCGCCGCCUCCUCCAUUUCGUACUCAAGCCUCCACCUUUCUCCACCACAAACACGGCCAGCGCCCCGCCUCCGCCUCCCAUUUGCACCCCAGAUGCCGCCCCCCACAUCUUCUCUCUCGGCGACCACGACCCCGGCGCGCUCGCUCCCGACGACGCCAUCGCGGCACUCUCCUCCCUCGCGGAAUCCGAUGGCUCCGCUGCGGCGCUCGCCUUUUUCCGCCGCCUGGCGUCCCGCCCGGACGUGCGCCACCUCAUGCGUCUCUACGUCACCGCCGCGACCGCCUUCGUCGCGAGGGGCAGCCUCCCCAUGGCGCACGAGGCCAUGCGCCGGAUGGUCGCCGCCUUCGCCGAGGCAGGCCGUCUCCCGGAGGCCGCGGACAUGGUCUUCGAGAUGCGCAGCCACGGGCUCCCGUUCUGUGUCGAGACGGCCAACUGGAUCCUCAGGGCUGGGCUGGAUACCAGGAAUUUCGCCUACGCGCGCAAGGUGUUCGACGGAAUGGUGACCCGUGGCGGGGUGUGCCCCGAUGCGCGCAGCUUCCGGGCGCUGGUCUUAGGGUGCUGCGGGGAAGGCCGGGUGGAGGAGGUGGAAGCCUUGUUGGCGGCAAUGUGGGGGCAGGGAUUCUGCCUGGACAACGCGACGUGCACGGUGGUCGUGCGCACCUUCUGCAAGAAUGGCCGGUUUAGGGAUGUGUCUGAGUUCUUCAGGAGGAUGCUGGAGAUGGGCACCCCACCAAAUGUGGUGAAUUACACUGUGUGGAUUGAUGGUUUGUGCAAAAGAAGGCAUGUCAAGCAGGCGUUCCGUGUACUGGAGGAGAUGGUCGGAAAAGGAUUGAAGCCGAAUGUGUACACACACACGUCGUUGAUCGAUGGGCUCUGUAAGAUUGGAUGGACGGAGCGGGCGUUCAGGCUUUUCUUGAAGCUCAUCAAGAGUAGUUCAUACAAGCCGAAUGUGCAUACGUACACUGUGAUGAUUGGAGGGUACUGUAAUGAGGGUAAGCUUGCUCGAGCUGAGAUGCUUCUUGGAAGGAUGGUUGAGCAGGGGUUGGCACCAAACACAAACACAUACACUACGCUGAUUAGUGGGCACUGCAAAGGAGGCAGCUUUGAUCGUGCCUUUGAGCUGAUGAAUAAGAUGACUCGUGAAGGCUUCCUGCCCAACAUUUACACAUACAAUGCUGUCAUUGAUGGCCUCCUCAAGAAAGGAAAAAUUGAAGAGGCCUACAAGGUGCUCCGGAGGGCCACUACUGAAGGGCUUGAGCUUGAUAAAGUGACAUAUACUACAUUCAUAACUGAACACUGCAAACAAGGUUACAUAACAUAUGCUCUAGAAUUGUUCAACCGGAUGGUUGAAAAUGGUUGCCAUCCUGACAUAGAAACAUACACCACCCUUAUUGCUACAUAUUGCCAGCAGAGACAAAUGGAAGAAAGCCAAAAGCUGUUUGACAAGUGCCUCGCGAUAGAAUUAGUGCCAACCACACAAACUUAUACCUCAAUGAUUGCAGGCUACUGUAAAGUUGGCAAAUCAACCUCAGCUUUGAGGGUCUUUGAUAGAAUGGUUCAAAAUGGAUGCCUCGCUGACUCUAUAACUUAUGGAGCUCUAAUAAGUGGGCUCUGCAAGGAAUCGAGACUAGAGGAAGCACGGGCAUUAUAUGAGGGCAUGCUUGAUAAACAUUUGGUGCCAUGUGAAGUAACUCCUGUCACUUUAGCUUUUGAAUAUUGCAGGAGGGGAAGGACAGGUGUUGCUCUAUCGAUCUUGGAUAGACUGGAUAAACGGCGACAGAUUCAUGCAACCAAUGUGCUAGUUAGAAAGCUCAGUGCUACGGCAAAUGUGGACGAUGCAAGUCUUUUCCUAAAAAGGGUUUUGGAUGGGGAUUCGGCUGUUGACCAUGUAACUUAUACUGGCUUCAUCAAUUCAUGCUAUGCGAACAAUAGACACGCCCUAGCUUCUGAAAUAUCUGAUAAGAUCUCGAAAAGAACCCUCUAGCUUUCAAGAAAAGAAUGCUGCACUUAUUGCUUAGUCAGGGAGAACGAUCUAAUUGCUUGCAACUGAUAUGGAAGAAGUAUUCUACAGUAGGUGUUCACUGUUCUUCAGCUUGCUAUAGUAAAAUGGCCAAGAUCUAUAUGACCUGACUUCCACUAGUGUAUCGGGUAAGAACUGCUUGAUGGCAGGAAUGGCGUCCCCUGUGCAUAAACAUGUGAGAAGAAGGAGAACAACUCUGUUGGAGAUAUUCAACAAAAUCCAUAUGCAUAUGAAGGUUAUCUCUAAUUUUCUCUACCCUAUAUUCCUACUUCUCAAGAUAUAACUCAUGGUAUGCUUAUUCAUAGCCGAAGCCUCUGAUACACAGAUAGACAUGAUUCUUGGUAUCUGAACCUCGCUCUUUGUUGACAUUGGCUGCCCUCACUGGCUCUAAAACUAUUCCAGAUACGGCAACUGCAUGCAGCUGGGCUUUGGAUGCUUGUCUCCCACGAGGGCUCUUAUCCUAAUCCCCAAUGUCAAGCUGGUUGGAUAUCAGAAAUUGUCUUGCAAAAACCGGGAAUUUUCUAGUUAAAAUAUCUAACAAUUGCAAGUAAUACUGUGAAAGGUCCCUUUCAAUGAAAGAACAACCUGAAAACUGACCAAAACAGACAAGUAUGCCCAUAACUCGGGAAAUUCAUGCCUAGUCAGCAAAAUCUUGAUCUUUGCUGGUAUUUAAGGGGACUGGUGGCGCCUACACGGUUAUGUUAUUAUAUAAUGUCAGCUGCACCACAGUUGUUGGCUGCAGUGAAAAUGUCUUUCUCAGUCUUGACCUCUUAUGGGUCCUCACUGGACAUGUUUGUUGUUGAGCUCCAUAUGAUCAUUGCUUGUAAUCUACACAUGUACGCUAACUUCUUAAGGAAAACCACUUCAUCUAGAUUGACGCCUGGCAACAUGUUUCCUUGUAUAAUAAGUAAUAUCUUGAUUUUGGAGUUUCUUUGUUGGUUUUAUCUUUAUUGAUGGUCACUUUCAUUGCUCGAGUUACCCUUUCAAUUUCGGAUGUUUGUGGGGGAAACACAUUGCUGUGCAGUUCUCUUAGGCCAUCGUUGGUUGGUUGAUUUAUCUGUAGUUUGGAAUUUGAAAAAUGCAUGCUGCUGGACUUUUGGCUAAACUUUCAAGAUAUUACAUGCCAAGCAUAUCUAAUAAGCAAUAAUACAGUUCAAAAAUAAAGUUGGAUAGGCUGGCCCUUACAUAAGGACUAUAUAACACCCAAAUUUUAAUAAUAAGCAAUAAUAGUCAUCAGAAAAUUUCCUAUGCAAGACGUGUGCACACAGGUAAAAUCAAAUAUGUCUGUUUAUAGAUUAUAUACACGCAUACAGAUGUUAGUAAUGUCUGAGAUAGAUGUAUAAGUACAACAUUGUGUCACAACACCACAUACUAGGUACAGUUACUUAUACAUAAUUCUGCUAAUGAUUGUAUAGAGUCUCGCAAAACUUUGUUUUGAUUCUGUACUUCAGAUAGCAUCUAUAAAAUGCACUUUUGAGUUCUAUAUUUCCUUUCACUCUUUCUAAUGAAGAAACAAGUGAACAUCAUGAUGAGUUUUGAUGAUCUUGCAGCUCAUCUGCCUCCAGAUAGCUCAACGGCUUCAUAGAUGUUCAGUGACUCCUCACUGAAGGUGAAUAAUUUGUGGUGCUGCUUAUUUUCGUACUGCUGCCGACGGAGGAGUGCUACUUGAAUAAUUUUUACUAGUUCUUGAAAGUCAUAUCCACAGCCUAUAUUGCGGUCUACGAUUUCUUCCAAUCGCCCUUCUUGCAUCAACAGUUUCACCUUCAGAUUAAUCAAGCAACCUCAUAUGAGUCAACUAUGUGAGCGUGCAAGCCAAAUUUUACUGGAAAGUGCAAGGCAUUGUUCAUACGGGACGUUAAACAUCUUCCAUUCUAAGCACCUAAUUUCUGCCCAUAUUAAUUAUUAAGGGGCUCACUUGGUUAUUGUUCCAGUCUUUCAAGACACUGCGGCUGUCAGUGAGCAUCAUCCUCAUUUCAUACAGUGCUAUGACUGAGAUUAAAAAAAAGGUCAUUUUGUUUGCAGUCUUACGAGGUAGACACUAAAUGCAAGAGAAUGGAAAAUGGCCAAUCCUUCUGAGUUGACACCUGUUAAGUGUUUCACUUGCAAUCUGGAUAGCUUAACUGAUGCAAAGCAAACCAAAGUGGCAGGUAGCUGCAUUACUGAAAAGAAAAAUGAAGCGCAUGAGAAGACCAGCAGAGCGAACUGAGAAGAAUGAAAAAUCACAAAGAAUCAAGCCAUCAAUUUACAGAGAGAAUUUUUACAGAACCUACAGCUGAAAAGCAGGAAGGAAGAUUCAGGUUAACUAAAUCCUACCUGCAACGAUGAAAAUAGGGUUCAAUUGCAACCUAUCAAUCAUCUUGAUUGCUUCUCAGUUGCAAACUGCAGUGAGAUAACUUAUUCUAAAUGCCGGAAUCUCAGACAUAACGGGAUACUUUGCUAGCUAAGAAGCAUCUUGAUAUAUUAUGGGGAGAAAAAUUGAGCCAAAAUAAACAUGUUUUUCCUGUCA